AUGAGCGACUUCGAGAAGCUGAUAAAGCUGCUUGGCCAGACUGAUGGCCGCGACAAGAUCUACAAGUUCCUCGCUGGUUUCUUCAAGAUUCUGGCGGCUGUCGCAGCUAGCAACCAGGACCCGCAUGCCAAGGCGUACGUCACCAUCGGUAACUCCAUUGGUAGCGCUCGCUCCCUGAUGCGCAUGGGCAAGUUCGUGGGUGAUGUGCCCAAGCUGCAGAAGAUCGCCGACGGUGUCGUGACGAAGGGUGUCGCUGGCACGGAGUCUAAGAAGUUCAUCGAGUUCUUCCGCACGGUUGGCAACUCCCUCUACAUCAUGGGUGAUAACGUCGCCUUCAUCGCCAAGCACAGGCUGAUAUCGACGGACUCUAAGCUCGUAUCGAAGUACGCAAAGAUUGCGCAGUUCUGGGGCUUUUUCCUCGCUGCUGUGCUGGACCUCAUCGCGCUUCGUGCUGCCUUGCAGAAGCGCACGUCUGAUGUGACGACAAGCAAGAAGGAAGCCAAGGCUGCCGUCAUCAGCCUCACCAAGGAUGCCUCGGAUGUGCUCGUGACGAUGGCCACCGUCGGGUACUUGAAGUGCGUAUGGAACCCGUCCGCCAUCACCGUUGGCGCCCUCACCUGCGUGUCGGGUGGUGUGGCCACGUACCUCAACUGGAACAAGAUCAAGUAG